UCCCACUGUACGUAUGUCUUGUUGCCUGCUGAUGAUUCCCUCCCUGUCCAUGUGUGAUUCACUGCUGCAGGUUGGCACCGUCAGAGUCGUCUGCGUCGUCUCGCUCGCCGUGCCGCCACCAAACUGUCAUCGUGACGAGCCAAAAUCAGAGGCCGGUGCCAUCCAUCAUCCCGAGAGCCGGGCGUUCGUCAAAGGCCGGGCAGCAGUCCAGGUGGUUAUGGCCGUCGAUGGACCACCUCUGCCCUUCUCAGACGAGGAGUCAUGCGCUUAUGGCAGCCUCUCUGCCAUUGCCCCAAAUGUGUCGACCCCCAUCACCGUCUUUCGACGCAUUGCCGAGAUGGCUGGUCUGACACCUGACGACCGCCUGGUUGACCUGGGCUGCGGAGAUGGCGACCUGCUCGUCUAUGCUGCCGAGCACUAUGGCGUCCACGGCCAGGGAUGGGACAUCCUGCCUGAGGCUCUGGCGAGGGCACGGGAGAAGGCGGCAGAGAGGGGCGUGGCGGAACGAGUGAAGUUCUUGCAGCGGGACUUUCUGCAGGAGAGAUCCUGGGUUGAAUGGGCGACGGUUGUGUAUGUGUACCUGACGCCGCGGUGCCUGAGCCAUCCCUUCCUGAGGGAGGCGCUGACAGAGUUCUUGCGGGGAGGGGGCGGCCGGCGAGUGGUGGCGUACCACUACUUUCCUCAAUUGGAUGUGGGCUGUGAGUGUGCGGUGGACGAGCAGCUCAAGAUAUGCGUGUGGAGGGCGAAGGAGAGUGAGGGAGGCCUUUGCAGACAGUAGCGAGCAGAUGGGCCGUGGGUCUGUCUGUCUGUCUUGUCUGUCUGUUGAGUCGAUGGAUCGGAUCUACCUGCUUCGUGCUGUGCCGGUUGUUGGUGUCGAAAUGGCUGCCUGCGAUUUGUGAUGGUUCAGUUCAUCUGUAG